UGACGUCUGGAUUUCGCGCUUUCGCAUGACACCUCCCCUCAUCGACGAACAUCAGGCAGCACACUCCACCUAAAUAUAUAAAGCGCAAGAACCUCGUCCGUCUUCUAUCUACUUUCUCUGGUAUCGCUCCGCCCGGUUCACCCAACGCGCGAACCAUGUACGCCGUCGAGGAAAGGUCCCAUCCUGUGCCACCGCCACCUCUCUCUAUGGAUCGCAUUCCUCCCCCGUCUGCUGCGUAUCCAACUCCAGGGUCUGCAGGCCCGCUACGAACAUCCGAACAUCUGGCUCCGAUCGCGACAGUCCAUGAGGGUCGGAUCUGGUCUUUGCAGGUGGUGCAGCAGCCCAUCCGGGCUCGGAUGUGUGGCUUUGGUGAUAAGGACCGGAGACCGAUCACACCUCCUCCAUGUAUCCGCCUCAUCGUGAAAGACGCGCAAACCGAGAAAGAGAUUGAUAUCAAUGAAAUCGACACAUCAUUUUACGUCCUGACAGUCGACCUGUGGAAUGCCGAUGGAACUAGCGAAGUGAACUUGGUCAAGCACUCGGCUUCCUCUCCUUCAAUAUCCACCGCCAUGUCCUCGUCAUACCCUCCUCCACCGCAAAACCUCUCUCCCACCUACCCCUACGCGCAAAGUGCCUACGGCCAGGUCGGGUACCAGAUGAACAGUUACUACCCGGGAAACCCACAGCUGGCAUAUCAAAACCCAUAUGGCGCGAACCCGCAAGCCCCCUACUACCCGCAAUAUUAUCCCGGGGGGCAUAUGCCACCGAACAUGUCACCUGCGCAACCGGUUUCUGCUGGACCUGGGGGCAUGUUCACGCGUAAUUUGAUUGGAAGUCUCAGCGCCAGUGCUUUCCGAUUGACAGACCCAGACAAUAAGAUUGGAGUUUGGUUUAUCUUACAGGAUCUGAGUGUACGGACAGAGGGUUCAUUCCGUCUUAAAAUGAGUUUUGUCAAUGUAGGCACCCAAUCCGCCGAAACGACGAACAGCGCACCUGUUAUCAACCACGGAUCUGCCCCUGUAUUGGCAUCAGUCUUUUCUGAGCCCUUCCAGGUCUUCUCAGCCAAGAAGUUCCCGGGUGUUAUUGAAAGCACACAGCUCAGCAAAUGCUUUGCCCUGCAGGGGAUCAAGAUUCCCAUCCGAAAAGACGGAGUCAAGGGUCCUCGGGGGCGCGGUGGCGACGGAGACGAUGAUGGAGAUGAUUAUGAGUAGGGAAACCGGGGUAUGGAUUCGGAAGUUUGGUUUAUUCUUUUACGCAUAAUGGGUCAAGACGGGGCUUUCGGUCGGUGUUCAGGCGGGGUGUUUUUGGCGGAAUGUAUUGCUAUUAGGACCGGUGCCGUCGGGUUUGAUUUCUCCUGGCUUUUAUGCUGUUUUCUUUUCUAUACCUUACUUUGCGGUAUAUUUGACUGGUCUUAGGCCUGCGUAUAUAAGAUGAAAAAGGAAUACAAGGCUUCACCUAUCCUAAUGGCUUCACCAUCCAUGAAGAUGGAGCGUCAUCCACAAGAUUCAGAUGUUAUACUCUUGACGUAGAUGAUAUUCCAGUUGAUCGACAUUAACCAUGACGAGUAGGUAGAUC